AUGAACAACAUCCAAGACGGACUCACAGCUGAGGCGAAAGCCAACAUGCUAGCCAACCUCCAGCUCGAAAUCAACUCACGCAAAGAGAAGUUGCGAGCGCAAUGCGAUGCACAAUGCGCCAGUCUGCAGUCGCGCCUGGAGAGACGCGUCAACCGCAUCCCUACCGUGACGCGACAAACCACGCUACUUGAUCUCCUCAAGGCAUCCGCGCCAGCGCAACCAAAUGCCGCGCCUGCUCCAGUGAUCAAGGCCACCGUCACCAAGAAAACAUCUGCGUCUGCGCCGGCACCUGCCACACGCAAGACACGCACCGCUCCUCCCACAAACCCCAGUUCAUCUGCCGCAGCAACCUCAUCACCCGACAACAGGCGCGUCAAGCCUGCCCCAAAAACGACCAAACCAACACCUGGCUACGCCAAGGCGACGCAGACAACGCGCACCAAGAAACGCAGCAGCGACGAGAUGUCCGGAACAGACAAGGAGAACGCAGAGAUGCAAGUACCCAAGAAGCGCACAAGGGCACCAGUCCAGAAACCAGCGUCCGCAGCUCCCACAACUCGUGCAACCCGCGCAGCAUCCCGCACCAAAACGACUAAAUCACACGUCUUGUCGCCUAAGACCAAUACCGCCAAUGUCAGGAAGCCAGCUGCGCGUAGCGCCCGUCCUAGGUAG